AUGCAGGGCACCAUCAUCGAGAACCUCAGCGGCAAGAAGCUCGCUGUGCUCGUGGUGCUUCUCCUGCUCGGCCAGGCCAUCUCCUUCCUCGUUGGCGGCAUCGUUGCGCCACCACCAUCCAACAGUCAAAAUAUAUUGGGUACAGCGUGCUUGGAUAAGCGCAAUCGCAACGGCACUGCACCCGGUAUUGAUACAUGGAUUUAUUCGAGACCGCCCGGAAAGUGUAAUAUCUUAGACACCCAUGCCAUCACUGACAACAUAUCACCGAUCGUGUACUCAUUUCAGAUGCCUUCACCGCGGAAUAAACAAAUUUUGGACUACUCUCGAUGGCAACACAGUUUGAUCGGUGUUUUGCAGAUCGAUAUCAAAUACCACAGACACAUCAUCGUCCGUGAGUAUAUGAUACAUCCUACGACAAAAUUAACUUUGGAUGCAAGACUAGCUUACAGAAACAAAGGCGAUCCCGAGGACGCGUGGAAGCAUUACGCCUCUUCUCUCGUUGAAAGAAAUUUGGACUGCUCGAUCGACAAGCUUCACGAGGAAUACAAUUACCACUGCAGUACGUUGUCACUUUUUGAAUUGGGUUCAUUAUACCACGAUUACUAUUUACUCAACGUUCGGUUACCCAAUGAUCCGACGAAAAAUAUUAACCAAGACGUGGGCCACGUCACUGAUUUGUGGCUCACCGUCAUCAAUCAAAACGGGGGAUUCACGAAAGUUUGGAUAACUUUGAAAACAAUAUAUUUUCCAAUUACCCUUCUUAUUCUGUGCUGGUACUGGAGGCGAAUUCACAUGCUGUCGAGAUCCCCGGCUUUAUUGGAAUACAUGUUACUCGGUCUGGGUUCUGCCCUGAGUUUUUUAAAUUGCCCCAUCGAAUAUCUUACGUUGUUCUUCGAUAUGCCAUUCAUGCUUUUACUCGAGGACUUGAGACAAGGAAUAUUUUACGCGACGCUAUUAUCCUUCUGGCUUGUUUUCGCUGGUGAACAUUUGAUGGUUCAGGAAGGCGAUCAAAAAAAUUCUUUGAAAUGCUACUGGCGACACUUAUCUGCAGUUGGAGUUGGCUGCUUGUCACUAUUAUUUUUCGAUAUUUGUGAGCGUGGUGUACAACUGAGAAAUCCCUUCUACUCAAUCUGGGUGACGAAUCUUGGAGCGAAACUUGCUUUGUCGUUUAUUAUAUUAGCUGCCGUAUCAGCAGCAUUUUAUCUGCUUUUUUUGGCAUACAUGAUUUGGAAGGUAUUCAUAAACAUAAGUGCCAAAAGGGCCGUACUACCAAGCAUGAGCUCUGCCCGUCGAUUGCAUUACGAAGGUGUCAUUUAUCGUUUCAAAUUUCUGAUGGUCGCUACAUUAUUGUGUGCAUCACUGACUGUCAUUGGUUUUAUUGUAGGACAGGUUGCCGAAGGACAGUGGAAAUGGGAUCAGGACAUAGAAUUAGAUAUGACAUCGGGAUUCUUUACAGGAGUCUACGGCAUGUGGAAUAUUUAUAUCAUAGCUCUGCUGUGUUUAUACGCACCGUCUCAUAAACAAUGGCCGGUAGAACCAUCAGGUAACAUCAUAGAAAACAGUCUCAGUGAAGAAAUAGAGUUCUCGAGAUUACCGACUGAACCUAACGAGAUGUUGUCUUUGACAGCAUUCUCGCGAAAAACGGCAAUAGAUUAAAUUUUAUAUUUUAUUUGUCGAUAAUAUGUCAUGUCUAAAUAACUGUCGAAUUUGUAGUUUUCGUGAUAAAAAGAAAAAACUUGUGUAUUGUCACUGAUGCGACGUAUCUUUGGGCAUUUGACAAUGUUCAU